AAUAAAGAGUCUGUUCCUAUGCUAUGCCAAGUGACUGUGGUAUUAUCUGUACAGUACUUCUGUUGGAUGCUCGUCGCGUCUCAAUUUAAUAUUACGUAAUAUUAUAGCAUUAAUAAUAACAAGGGAUUAUACAUUGGUUGUAUUGUAUGUGUAUAAUUACGUGGACUGUGUAAAGUACAGUUACCUUAGGGCCCGGUUGGUGUUUCGGUUUACAGCAAAGAUACUAGAAAUACAGACACGCGUGUGCAGCUAGACUCCCUUGGCAAAGCUGACGCUCUCAUCAUGUUCAUGGUGUGUUUGGCCGUGGCAAUGCAGGUCUCCGGAAGUUCUAUCUAAACCUGGGCCUAAGCAGUAGUCCCAAAGAGAGGAGGACUGAAUCUGGAAACAGUACAGGAAUUGGCCUCGUAAUGAUAUCAGAUAGGAAACCUAAGUUCUAAAAAGCCAACCCAAGGCAUGAGUUACCUAUGGCCUAGUCUGUGUAGUUUAGGCCUAGGCCCAGAUAGGCCUAUUUUUCGUUUUAUGUCAUCUGUCAUCAACCUCAUCUUCGCCUGGAACACAGUGAGGAGGCGUAGUCCUAGGCUACCUAAACCUAAUCCAGACAGAUAUCAAAAUGAAAACCAGAAAACAGUUUUACAGAAGUUGUACUAGGCCUAGGCAUACAACAAAACGCUUUUCAAGAAAAUGGUUUUCAACUGCACUGAAUACAAAUGUUAUUAAUAAAUCAAGGUCAUCAGCAAAUACACUGCCUUCAAGGAAGUAUACCUCCUUGCUGCCUUCAACUGAAACAAUACAACAUCAUCAUAGGGCUAGGCCUAGUCUGAGGCCAAGAUCCAUAAUUGAGAUCAAGCGAGAAGAUGAACUUCAUUGCAAUAAAAAUUCAUGGAAGAAAAGACGUAGAAUCCUUCAAUUUCAGAACUUGCCUGUUAUCUGUCAAAUCCAUGUAUUCACAUUUUUGAAUGAUUUUGAAAAAUGCCAAGCUUCUAUGGUAUGUCUAACAUGGGCCAGACUUAUUCGAUCUCCAAGUCUUUGGACGAAAGCGGAUUUCACCCAGAUUGGUUUACUUAGAGUGAAUUUCAGACACCUGUGCAGUCAGACAAUGCUAGAUUUUCAAUUCACUUCCGAAGAUUCAAUCAAUAAUCAUUUGGAAGAAAUGUCAGAAAGAUAUAUUAAAAGUCUUAUUAACCGUAAAGCAGCUUUACAUGUUUUGAAAUUUAAAUUUGAUAUCAUUGAAAAGGAGGAAUCCUGGUUGAAAUUACUGGAAAUUUGUCUGACAAAAACUGUUUCUAAGGGAUUGAGAAUGCUUGAAUGUGAUUGGUCGCAGACGGUAUUUUGUAAAGCUUAUUGCAGAGCAAUGACUUGGUACCAUUUAAAGCCUCGGAGGCAUUUAAAACGAGAAAGAAUAGCAUGCUUUCAGCGUUUUCUCAAGGUUCUUCACAGUACUUCUCCGAAUAUUCUUACCAUUUCCUGUCCAUUUGAUUGGUCUCCUUCAUCUGUCGGCCAUAUUGUACGCUUUGAAUGCUUAAAAGAAUUGAAACUCGCACGAUACUGGGCUUUGCGUGGUAUGCAACAGGAAGAGCUGACAACUUUACUCCAAACUUUACUCCAUUUAGAAAGACUUACUAUUGAAGUCUGGAUUCCCAUACAACACAACCAGCACCAUUUUAAGAUUGUGUCAAAAUCAUUGAAAUAUCUAGACAUUAGAAAAUGUAAUGGAUUCUACCUAUCUGAUCUAGAUUUACCUAAUUUGGAAGUUUUACGAGAGGUUAAGUGUUACGUUGGACCGUUGAUCAUGUCAGAAUCCCUAAAGGUGCGAUGCCUCUUGGACGUAUUAAGAGCUGGUGCACCUAAAUUGAAUACUUUGAACGAUUUGAAACUGUUACCAAUAUGGAAGAGUGGUGAUGCAUAUGAAUGUUUAUUGAAGGAAUUAAACCGGUCAUGUCAGUGCGUGAAUCACACUAGCUCAUGCAUUGUCUAUUAAUUUAAUAUUAUCUAUUUAGGGAGCAUUCGGUUGGAUGCCUACGUUAAGAUCUAAGAUGUAAUCAUCUGUGCAUGUGACGAAGUUGUGGCUCAUUAUCGUCUGAACUUUAGGACUAAGUGUGGCCCAAUUCUACAUUGUGCAGAGACUCUGGUUUAAAGUAAAUCCCUUCCACAGUUAACCAACAAAUCGAAGCUCCCUAUUAUAACUCAUCCCCCGAAAAUUAACCCGUCUUCCACAAAUUCAUAAUAGAAUAUUUGCAAACUACAGUAUUUUAUUAUCGAGUAUCUUACGGAAGUCAGUGAUGAUGGGUACAGUACCACCAUGUGCAGCAGAAUACGUGUUAAAAAAACUCAUUCAACCAGGUCUCCCGGAAGAGAAUCCUUCCAACGUGGGACCCCUGUUUGUUUUAGGGUGGGAUAUACGAUUGGGUUAGGGGUUACUGAUAUCUUAUAAUGCCAUUGUUAUUAACCAUAGUAUUACAGUAUUAGACGUUGGAAGUAUGUUUCCUGUGUGGCCAUUCACACCAGGGAAGGAUUCAGUAGGUUUUGCUACUAAAUUUUAAAAUUUCAAGGCAUGUAUUGAAAUUAGUGCUCUCACUUAUCUAUUCUGAAUAUGUCCCCCCCCCCACCUCCCGUUUAAAAAAAUUCUGCAUCUACCCUGCACACAAAUAACUGUACAAGUGUGAUUGUUGACUUGAAAAUAAAUAAUACAUGAUGGGCA